AUGCGUUCCCAGUUCUCGUCCAUCGGAUUGGCCUACUUCCUGUUGGUCGCCAAUUUCUACUACCAGUCGAAUGGAUUUAAUGAUCAUUACACACUGAGUUACUCAUUUUGGAAAAUAACACCAAUCAUUUUGCUGACUGCAUUCGCAUAUUUAAAUGGCGGUGGAUUAGGAAAAGAGCAACGGAAAACGAUGGCAGCUGGUUUGUUCUUUGGAGGAGUAGGCGAUUGGAUUAUUGGAAUGAGACACGAUGGAAUUAUUAUGGGAGCUCUAGCUUUUGGAAUUGGACAUCUUUUCUAUUUGAGCCUCUACCGUAACCACCCCACCAGAAUCCACAGCAAGUUCCUUCUUGGAAUGUUGGCAUGGGGACUCGUUAUCGGACAACUUUGCUUCGUACCAAUGCUCGCUGAUCACAGAGGACCACUUAUUGUAUUUGCAUCCUACUCACUACUUCUAUCAACAUGCACUCUGACAGCAGUAUCACAAUAUCUGAAUGGAUCGAAAUCUCAGAAUGAAGAAGGUCUCUUAUACCGUGCCAUCGGUUUCUUCCUUUUCUACAUUUCCGACUCCGUACUGAUGCUCUCUCACACUGGAUACUGGAAGUUGGCUCCAUCCUUCUGUGUACUCUCCACCUACUACACUGCUCAAUAUUUCAUCCUAUAUGGAAACACAAUGGCAGUUCAAACAACAAAAAAAUCUGUAAAAAUCAACUGA